AUGCAGAACUUUAGUAUGACCGGCAUAGAGAUUCCUUACGUCGUUGCUUGCCAUGCCUAUAGAGGUUACCACGCCGAUUUGAUGCAGGCCAUGCUCGAUGGCGGGCUUUCGGCGACUCAUAUUACCGUCGAAGACGUGGGUCGCUUCCUGGGCGUCUUAGAGGGCACCUUCAACACCGAUAAACCUGAGCGUGGAAGUAACCAAACGGAGCCAAGAGAAGAGCCUGAAGAUUCAAAUCAGCAUGCUGGACUUUUCUUCGCCGUUCCUACGGGCAUUGUUGUGCGCAACGCGAAGGGGCGGCUUAUUCGGGGUCUACAUGGUUCUGAUUCAACUCUGCCGCGGCAAGCCCUUCAUCGCUUCGGUCGCCUGUACGAAAUGUGGGCUACCGGGUACCAGAAGGCUUUAGCGGACUUCUCAUGCUACAGCAAAAUGGUCGAUGUCCACCCUGGCAGUGACUUUAUCGGAUCCAGAGGGACCAAGAAGGUACCCGCUGGACUCACCCGCCCUGUUCCGGCCGAAGGAGACACGGCAUUCUUGCUGUACACAUACCUACUCUCGCGACUACCAGAGGGUGGAAAAGUCCUCUGCUCCAAGGAGGCACUCGAGAAGUUCGGCAAGUCUGGAACGGAGGCUUCGUAUCACGGAUUUUUGGAAUAUGUUAAGGACCCACAGUUCGCAUCUCACCCAGGCCAGCAGCACUGGGUCAAGGCUCUCGACAAGAAGUGUGCUGUGUUCAUGUAUCUGGCCAAGACCAUCCCGCUCUUCCGAGACUGCAAGUGGUGGCGCUAG